UUUCCCGGAGUCCUUUGCGGCGGCGGCUGUCUGCUGCUCGCCAUAUUGUGUUGCUUAGGGGGGAAAGGGGGCUGGGGCAGCCGCUGUCGACCCGCCUCAGCCCUGGCUGCAGGAAGAGGUGGCGGUGCCGACGGUGGGGGAGGUGACAACGACGGACAAGAAAACCGAGCUGUGGGAAGAGAGCGGGCGAGCCAGCGAGACGUAGCGAGCAACGGGGCCGCCAUGUCUCAGGCUGUGCAGACGAAUGGAACACAGCCUUUGAGCAAAACAUGGGAGCUCAGCUUGUAUGAACUGCAAAGAACACCACAGGAAGCAAUAACAGAUGGCCUGGAAAUUGUGGUGUCACCCCGAAGCCUCCACAGUGAGCUGAUGUGUCCCAUUUGUUUGGAUAUGUUGAAAAACACCAUGACUACUAAAGAAUGUCUACAUCGGUUUUGCGCAGAUUGUAUCAUCACAGCCCUCAGAAGUGGAAACAAAGAAUGCCCUACUUGUCGUAAAAAGCUUGUUUCUAAGAGGUCACUGAGACCAGACCCAAACUUUGAUGCCCUUAUCAGUAAAAUUUAUCCAAGUCGUGAUGAAUAUGAGGCCCACCAGGAGAGGGUUUUAGCAAGGAUCAGCAAGCACAAUAACCAGCAAGCCCUGAGUCACAGCAUUGAGGAGGGCCUGAAAAUCCAGGCUCUGAACAGGUUACAGAGAGGCAAGAAGCAACAGAUAGAAAAUGGCAGUGGAGCAGAAGACAAUGGUGACAGCUCACAUUGUAGUAAUGCUUCAACUCACAGUAAUCAAGAAGCUGGACCAAGUAACAAAAGGACAAAAACAUCUGAUGAUUCUGGGCUAGAACUGGAUAAUAAUAAUACAACAGUUGCCAUAGACCCAGUAUUGGAUGGUGCAAGUGAAAUAGAACUAGUUUUCAGACCCCAUCCUACACUAAUGGAAAAUGAUGAUAGUGCACAGACAAGGUACAUAAAGACCUCUGGCAAUGCCACAGUUGAUCACUUGUCCAAGUACCUAGCUGUGAGAUUGGCCUUGGAAGAACUCCGAAGCAAAGGAGAGUCAAAUCAGAUGAAUCUUGAAACAGCCAGUGAGAAGCAGUACACAAUUUAUAUUGCUACAGCUAAUGGCCAGUUUACUGUUUUAAAUGGCUCCUUUUCCUUGGAGCUGGUCAGUGAAAAGUACUGGAAAGUGAAUAAACCCAUGGAGCUCUACUAUGCACCAACAAAGGAACACAAAUAAGACUAACAAAGUCUUUGAGUUGGAACUGUAAUUGCUUUUAUAGCUUUGGUUUGCUUUAAAUAAGCAAUGCACCAUCCUCUGCAUCAUGGACAAUUGUUGAGAUGUGGAUUCCUUGAUGAAUAUUCUUAUUAGACAGUAUUUGGUGUGAUAUUUAACUUAUAUUUUUCUCCUCUGGAGGACUGAAUGAUCUGUACAGCCCACCAUUGCUGUCCAAUCUACUUUUUGAUUUGGUAGCUCUUGUUUCAUGUGCAUGAUCUUACGUGCAAUCUUAUUUGGGGCAUGUCUUCAUGCUGAUGGGCCUCACAAUGGCAGACUUGUGCUAGCACCUUGAUAAGUGUUGACAAGGGGCAAUAGAGAUGGUUGUAAGCUAAAGUACUAUUUUGUUACAGCAAUGUUAGAGCAUAUGUGGCCAGAGUAGGUUUGCUAGUAACUGGCUAUUUGUGAUGCUGGGGGGCCAGAGGGGAUAUUCACAGCAGUAAGUGAACUCUUUUACAUUGCCAAUGUAACAAGUUAUUCUGUUUUGUUAAAUUAAAAAGGUUGCUUACUUGUAAUACUGGCUUUGUUCCCAAAUAGGCCCCAGCCCUCUGGAGAAUGCAUACUUUCCCUGCAGCCCUGGUGCACUUCUUUUUCCUCUGCCUUCAUCGUGUUAAGGUAAUUGGGGUUCUCUUGGCUAAGAACCUGAAAUCCACUUCAAAUUGUAGCUAAGAGAACCCUAAUUAACUUUAACCAAGGUUGAUAUUGGUGUCAAUGUACUGCUUAACAACAGUUCAAGAGUGAGAAGCAAUACGCUCUGAGGAGGGAAUAUAAGGCGGGAGUAUAUGUUUUCAAAGCUGGCUCACAAUUUAACUCUGGUGAGUGGAGCUACUGUAACAUAUGUAUUGAUCUAUUAGGGAUAAAAAUAUUAGUAUUGAUACAUCGUAAAUAGUGAUCCUUGCUACUCGCUUGGAGCAGAAACGAAAUGAAACUAGAAACUAAAUGAAGGCCAACCAAUAUUUCUGGGCAAACAUCCCUCUAUACCUGCACACUUUUGAAAUUUGUGGAAUUCUUGAUGUAGAAUCUUCAGUGUGCUGAAAUGAAAGGCACAAAAAGUGCUUGCACCAUACAUUUUGCACAGCAAAUGUUAAAUGAGAAAUUUCUUUAAAAAUACUACCCCUUUGCCAUAUUAACAACACUUGGCACUUAUUGACUUAAAAAUGUUUUUGUUUUUAAAUUUCAUCUGGGUCAGAACUCUGCAUUUAUCAGUUUGUGUUGUGUACUCAGGCACUACAAUGAUUUUGGUCAAUCCGUAGUUUAUCAUCUUUGGCAUAAAGGUCACAUAUUGAGGCUGCCACCAGUUUGUAAGACUGAAGUUCUAGAAAAGGACUUCCUUCCACUGUAAUCAUCCCACUCCCAUUGCAGUAUAUGGGUGUUUGCCUGUUGUAUUGGGAAGGGGAACUGAGUGGAGACAGGAAAGAAUGGUCAAACUUUAAUGUUUCUCAUUAGGGUUAAAAUUCUAAAUUAUGCACUUGAGUGUCUUGCUGUCCCUUAAAACAUUGGCCAUUACAGAGCCUAGGAAGAAGCAGAUGGCUUUCUGCUCUUAACUUCUUUUUAGCCUUGCUGGAAAAGAAAGCUAUUUAUUACUAAAUAUUCCCUUUUUGAAGACCACUCCAAUAUCAGACAUUCCUAAAUUAUGCUAGUGGUUUGUGCCAUGAAACUUACAAUUACUAAAAGUCGGGGGUGGGAAGGGAAGAUGUACUGUUUUGGUUUUCUUCAGUACUUUUGAUGUAAUGUACAAUUUAGAUAGAUUGCUAGUGCAUGUCCACUAAAUAUAAUCAGGUUUCUUUUUAUGUGAAAAAAUGCUUUUGUAUGGGCAAAUAUCAGCUGCAGCAGAACAAAUUUGCAUUGUGAUUUACCCAAAAUAAUGUUCAGCCCACAUAAAGUGUCUGUAAAAUUCUGAAAGCUUAUCUACCUAGGGGAUAUACGGUAUUUCCAGCUUAGUGUGGGAGAAUGUGAAUUUUUACUUCCAUGUUACAUUGAAUUCACUAAGUAUAUUUACUUUAAUACAUAAAGUAGCUGUUUUAAUCAAA